GGGUAACUAAGACGAAUGCAUACAUAGCCUCUGGGCACAUACACAUGCACACAACUACGAUACUGGGCUUGGGGGGUCUAUCAGGUAUAUGACGGAGUCUACUCAUGCAUGGCUUAGCUCUAGGGUAGGGUAGGGAUAUAAGUCGCUCCGGCUAGUCUGAGUUCCGCCCAGCCUUGGGUAAGCUAGGGGAAAGACGGGAGGAUGUGUCCGCGGGCGCUGGCCUAGGUAAUCCUGCUGGGUGGACUCUCUGAAUUGGGCUUGUAGAAGAUUGCAUGAGCCUGGCGUCCGAGGUUCCCGUACGGCAAGGUUCGUCCGCUUCUGCUUCCAUCAGGGCUCCUGCUGGGUGGACUCUCUGAAUUGGGCCUGUAGAAGAUUGCAUGAGCCUGGCGUCCGAAGUUCCUGUACGGCAAGGUUCGUCCGCUUCCGCUUCCAUCAGGGCUGGGAUGGUGGGCCAGCCUUGUUGCUUGUCACUGCUGUCUGGUCCAAAUUGCCCUCGAUACUGGUAGGGUGAUGGCACUGAGUGCUGGUCCCACUGAGGUAGGAUAGUAGGAACAGGGGUUGCGCUAGGAGUAUUAACUGGGGAUGGGUAGGGUAGGUGGCCUACCCUGUCAGGACAACCAGCCUCUACAACACCCUGGGCUUUAAAAAAAAAAAAAAGAAAAAAAAAAAAAAGAUGAGGAUGUGUUGGGGCGCAUCAGCUAAAGAGGGUAGAGAAGCUAAAUGAGUCAAAUGCAGUGUCAGGGGAAGGCGGGGCAGAAGGGGGGGGGAGAGGGGAGGGGGGGGGUUGGGGGAAGGGGAAUUGUGAGGUAGAGGCAUGCAUGGUGGCAAUUACAUUGGUUUGGAAUAAAAUGUUUGGUUGUUUGGGUUAGUAUGACCGGUACUAUGCGGAAUGGGAUGACCGUUACAGGUUUCCACAGGGGGGUGAGGGAGAGGCAUGCAUGGGGCCUUGGUUUGGACUAAAAUGUUUGGUUGCGUGGGUUAGUAUGACUUGUACUAUGUGGAAUGGGAUGACUGGUGCAGGUUUCCACGGGAUGGGGGAGAAGUUCUGGGCCAGAGAAGCGGGAGGGGGACGAGGAUGGUACCGGGGUUUCCACAGGAGGGGGAGAACUCAGUGCCUGAUUUGGGCCAGAAUGGAUGUGCGCUGCAUUUUACAGGGAAUUCGGGAGAUUUUUCAUGUGGAGAUGCAUUCUGUUUCUCCUUCAGUGGUGGCAGUUAUCUGCGAUUAAAUCCAGUUAUUGCUGAAAAGGAAGAACACUUGCUGGUAUAAGGGAAAGCACUCGUGUUGGACACAUGGUCGAGUGGGCAGCAAGGAAGGAGGGAGCUGCAGAUUUGUGAGAGCCUCAACAAAGGUGUAGGGUGCUCUCCAUGAAAGAGUGUAUGGCAAGUUACCCUGGCGAAUGUGGAGCAAUCACAAUUUGAGAACUCCGUGUAUGUGGUGCGAUGAUAUUUUUAAAUAUUUUUUUGUAUCGCCAGUUGUUAUUGUCAAUACAAGUUCUUUUCCUGAGGGCCAAGGAGAGGGUAAUGUGGAAAGAGAGGGGGCUGAAGAGGAGACGGAAGACGUGGAAGGAGGGAGGGAGGGAGGAAAAGAGCUAGUGUAACCAAUAAGCUGCUUGUUUCAAGGUUGAUGAGCAAGUUGUUCUGCUUUGUUUCAGCAAUAUCUAGUGAAAGCUCUGUAGGAAGCGAGGAGGGAGACAGAAUAGCAAAAUGAGAUUUUGAGCUUGAAAGGUUGAGAAGGACAAGGAAUCGGUGAGGAAGACAGAAUGGUGAUGACCUCUCCGAAGGAGGUUUUGUUCAGGUGUGAUUGUUGAAAGCUCGCAACUUGAGAUUUGAAGGUUUGUCAUCGUGUGAUUAUAAUUUUUGUAUCGCCAGUGGUGAUCAUCCAUGUGAGCUCGUUGCAUGGGGCGGACACAAGGGUUAUGUGGGAAGAGAGGUGGUGGAAGAGAAGGUGGAGGAAGUGGAAGGAUGGAGGGAGGGAAAGAACUAUUGGAACCAAUAAGCUGCCGCUGGUUUCAAGGUCACGAGCGGGUUGUUCUGCUUUGUGAAGGAUAUCCACUGAAAGCAGCGUAGGAAAAAGGGAGGAGGGAGAUGGAAUAGGAGAAGGCGAUCUGGAGCCUGAAAGGUGGAGAGGGGCACGGGUGAGGAGCGAGGAGGGAAGAAGCGGCAUACUGAAUCAUAUCUGGCUUAAGUUCAGAUUUGAUGUUGGCCGGAAGAUGGAAGGGACAGUUUCCUGAAUACCGGUCUAUCAGAGGGCAAGGGGGCUCAGUUGACCUUUGAUCUCUUGCCUGCAAGUUUCCAUCUUCGGGAUAAUCAUUUGAGCUUCAAGAAGUAUAGAGUUGCCAGAUUGUUUAUCUGCUCUGCUUCAACUCUUAUGUUCUCCCAAAUGCCGUGUUUCAAAUGGAAAUGAGAGACUUCCUCCUACAAGUGUGUCUGGAGAACAUUUGUAAUGUGAUAUAAUAUAAUAAGAUAUCUUCAAUAGCAGUAAAUGUAAUACUGUGCAACCAGUGUAUUGUAUGUAAAUGUGAUGUACCUCUAUUGCAGUACAUUGUCCUAACUCUAUUGGAGUAAUUUAUGGUGCCAGACAUAUGAUGGAGCUCUAUUGCAGAAGGUUGUAAGCCGAUGGAAUAGUCUAUGUCUAGGCAUAUGAAUAGAAAUGGACGUGUAUGUAUAUGACAAUAUCUGAUUAUAUAUAUUGUGAUGGGGUCUGAACCGACAGUCUGUAGAGUUUUCCAUCUGGUAUGGGUGAGUGAUAGUCUGCUUUGAUUUUCGUCACAGGUACCUUGAGGGCAGUGGUUGGCCCACCUCAGGGUAUCAGUUGUCGGGCAGUUGUUGAUGCUUAACCACAGCCGGGGUUAAGGUGGGUUAUCACUUACAGUGUAAUCAGCUAGGGGAUUCUGCAGACUGUUGAGGGUUCAGCCUCCUGAUGAGUCGGUGAAACUCCGACGAAACAGUUUGUCACAGCCCCUCGUUUGUUGUCCUCUUCUCCCUCUCUGCCUACGGUUCACCGGGCAGCUCUGUUUGACUAUAUAUGACAAUAUAUGAUUUAUAUAUAUGCCAGCGGCGUGUCUAGGGUGUAGUUUUUGGCUGUGACAGACCUUGCUUUGUUUCGUGGGUGUUUUGCUGGCUUGUGAUGGGGUGUGAACCGACAAUCUGUAGAGUUUUCCAUCUGGUGUGGGUGAGUGAUAGUCUGCUUUGAUUUUUGUCACGGGUAUCUUGAGGGCAGUGGUUGGUGCCCACGUCAAGGUAUCAGUUGUCGGGCACAACCGGGGUUAAGGUGGAUUAUCACUUACAGUGUAAUCAGUUAGGGGAUUCUGCGGAUCUGCAGACUGUUGAGGGUUCAGCCUCCUGAUGAGUCGAUGCAACUCCAACAAAACAGUUUGUCACAG